AUGCGGUCAUUCUCGUCCAAGGAUUCGGAUAGGCGGGACAAGGAGAAAGACGACCUCGAGUUUGCAAGAAGCAAUCAGGACUCAAUACAAGCUGGUGAAGCCAAAUUCAAACGAUUAGGUUGGAAGAAGUUGACAGUAUGUCUGAUCGUCGAGGCUAUUGCUCUUGGCUCUCUCAGCAUACCGUCUGUCUUUGCUGAGGUAGGUAUGGUUGCUGGUGUGAUCUUGACUGUCGGUCUCGGUCUGAUUGCUAUCUACACCAGUUACAUAGUUGGCCGAGUCAAGCUACAACACCCUGAAGUCGGACACUACGCUGAUGCUGUUGGUCUCUGCUUGGGGCGGUGGGGUAAAGAAAUUACUGGUGUCAUGUUCAUUCUGCUUCUAGUCCUCCUGGUCGGUGGUCAUACCCUUACUGGCACUAUCGCAUUUAUCAGAAUCGUCGACAAAAGCACUAUCUGUGCUCUAGUAUGGGGUGUCAUCUCUGCCAUCUUACUCUUCGUUGUGGCGCUACCACCGACGUUUGCCGAAUUUGCAAUUCUGGGCUACAUUGACUUUGUUUCGAUCAUUUGUGCUAUCGGCAUCACGAUCGUGGCCACAGGUAUCGAGGCUGGGAAAUCAAGCGGCGGUCUGAGCUCGGUUGAAUGGAGCGUAUGGCCACCAGCUGAUGUUAGCUUCCAAGGCGCAUUUCUCUCAGUCACGAACAUCAUCUUCGCCUACUCCUUCUCCGUCUGCCAAUUCAGCUUCAUGUCGGAAAUGCACACGCCAAAAGACUAUGUCAAAUCCAUAUGGGCUCUCGGCUUGUCCGAGAUCUUCAUCUACACUGUCACAGGUGCUUUGGUGUAUGCCUUCGUUGGCAACGAUGUUGAAAGUCCUGCUCUAUUGUCAGCCGGCUUCACUGUCUCCAGGGUCGCUUUCGGUGUUGCCAUCCCAGUCAUUUUCAUCUCCGGCAGCAUCAAUACCACAGUAGUAUGCCGCUACAUGAUCGAUCGAGCCUUCAAGAACUCUCCAAUCAGGUACAUCAAUACCUUUGCAGGGUGGUCAGUAUGGAUCACAGCUUGUGCGAUUGUGACAGUAAUUGCGUGGAUCAUUGCUGAAGCUGUUCCAUUCUUCAACGACUUGCUUGGCCUCAUCUCCAGCCUCUUCAUCAGUGGAUUCACCUUUUACUUUCCAGCGAUGUUUUGGUUCAUGUUAAUCAAAGAAGGGCCUUGGUACAGAGGAACAAAGAAUAUCAGUCUUUCGAUUGUAAAUGGUAUCAUCUUUGCGAUGGGGUUGGCAAUUCUCGGAUGUGGUGCGUACGCAAGCGUGCAAGACAUCAUGACCAAGUAUAAUAGUGGUGCCGUUGGGGGCUCUUUUACUUGCAGUCAGGCUCAUUAUGUUUGA